UUAAUCAAUAUUUAAAAACAAUAAUUUAACAAUGGAAAAUUAUGUAGGAAAAGUUGCAGUAAUAACUGGAUCUAGUGCUGGAAUUGGUGCUACAAUAUCCAAAGAAUUGGUAAAGCGAGGAAUGAAAGUUGUGGGCCUUGCAAGACGUUUAGAAAGAUUAGAAGAUUUAAAAAAACAACUUUCGAAUGAAUCUGGACAAUUUUAUAGCCUACAAUGUGAUAUUCGAAAUGAGAAAGAAAUUUUAAAUGCUUUCGAAUGGGUUGAAAAAAAUUUAGGUGGUGUUGAUGUUUUGGUAAAUAAUGCUGGUUUAAUGCAAAUAACAACUUUAUCCGACGGGGAUAUCGAAAAAUGGAAAACAGUUUUAGACACAAAUGUGUUAGGUUUAUGUAUUGCAACUCGUGAAGCCGUGAAAUCUAUGAAGAAACGUGCAGUUUCUGGGCAUAUCAUUCAUAUUAAUAGUCUCGCUGGACAUCGAGUAGUUCCCCAGGUGGCGUCUACAUUUAAUGUUUAUUUUGCGUCAAAAUUUGCAGUUCGUGCAUUGGCGGAAACACUUCGAUUCGAAUUAGCACAUAGUAAAUUAAAAAUUAAAGUUUGUAAUAUCAGUCCUGGCUAUGUUGAGCAUACUGAAUUUUUGAUUGCUGGAGGAGCGACAGAAAUACCAGAAUUUGUUAAAAACGCAUCAUAUUUAAUACCCGAAAAUAUUGCAGAAGCUGUUGUUUACGUUUUAAGCACGCCGCCAAAUGUUGAUGUAUCCGAUUGA